AACGUCCAGGGGUCCUUUACCAUAGCAAUGGAGGAAGAGCAUACUAGGAAAAAGAGAAAGGGAGAAAACCAUAUGAGCCAAGAUUAAGUGACUUCCCUUGUUCCUGGCAUGCACAUUAUAAAACAUCUGGAUCAGAAAACAUGAAAGUAAAGAAGCACGUAGACAGGAAUGGUGUGUUUCCAAAUAUCCAAAGUUUGAGAAGAUGCUUGUUGAAGAUUUUACUCGCUGCAUAAGAAAUGAAAUCGUGCCACACCAUAGAAAAAGAGUACCUUGAGGACUAGUAACUUGCCUUUUUUAAAAAAAAUAAAGGAGGGCACUAGCUUGGUGGUGCUGUAAGACUCCCCAGCCCCCCUGCUCAGUGCAAGGAACCCACCAGCCCUCUAGGAACAUCCCACGCUCUGGGAAUUUUACUCUUUUAAGUUUGUAAAGCAGCAGCUGGCAUUAAAAAAUAAAAAUAUUCCAUCAACCCUAACCCAUUGCUAUGUAUGCAGUAAUAUAGGCGGUCCAUAUGUCCAAAUAUCCAAAUGGGGUUGAUAAUUAUAAGAUAUCCAUUUAGCUGUGGAAGGAGAUAUUGGGGAGAAAUUGGAUGUGUGGCAACCCUAACAGAAACACACACACUGCUGCUCUUGACAUUUAUAUAUUAAGACAAUUUUGGAUUGAAGAGUUGAUCUAACAAACAUCUCGAUAAGAGGGUCUCAAUAAAAAGCCUAUAAAGGGCAGAUCUCAAAUGGCCAUUUCUUUCAUACAUGGCAUGAUUUAAUUUCUUACACAAAUAUUGAGGCCCAACGUCAUAUACCGGCAUUGGAGGCGGGAAGAAAUGAAUGGGAGCCGCCCCUUUAAGAGUGAAAGUAACAGGCGGUUGGUGCAAUGCAUGCUGGGUUGGGAAGGCGGAGCAGGCCAAUCAGGAGGCGUUCGGAAGCUUGGCUUUUGCUACAUAGUAGGAAACCGACGGGAGAGUUGAAUGGCAAGGAGGUGAGAAGAUGGACCUGGAGAGGCUGCGAAACUUGAACCAGGACCUCCUGCGGAGGCUGAGGACGAACCAAGAGGAGUUCAGGGAGCGGGUUCGAGUCAAGCUGUUGCCACCAUCACAAAGAGCAACUCCUCAAGGCGCGUGGGUCUCAGACAGCAAGGGCGAGAGAGAGAACAGGGAACGUUUUCCCAAAGACGCAGCUGAUUCUGCGGUGAUUGUGUCCGUGGAAGUGAGUCCCCGGCUGGCACGGCGCAACUUCGCCUCCCCCUCGAAACCGGCCGUGCCGCAGGGCGAGCGAGAGGACCGCCCCCGAGGGGGCUUGUGUCCCAUCACCCGCCAGACUGAGGUGAUCCACAUUCCAUCGGCCGCAGCAUCCGCCGGAUCGACUCACAAAACCGCGAGUGGCGGACGCCCAAAAGGACCGAGGAAGCCCAGGGUAACCGCGGGGCACGCGGAGGCAAAAAGGCGUCCUCCAUGUUUGCACGGCUUGCCAGAGAUGGACAGGCCGCAGGCCAGAGAGGAGGCGAGCCCAGGGCGAGCCAAAGAGGGGAGAGGCAGGGCAACAGUUUCCGUGCGGAUGUCGCCAGCCCCGAAACCAAUCCUGCUCACGCCUCAAGCCAAGGAAUCUAAAGAGAAAUCGAAGAAGGAAUCUGGGCACGUGACGUUCAUGUCUGACCCUGAGGAAUACGCCAUCCCAGCAGAUGACUGGUCGGUCCGCCCUUUCCUGGGGUACGAUUGGAUCGCAGGGCUGCUCGACAUGGACUCCUCCCUCUCUGAGAAACCCAAUCAGUACUUCUCCGAGCUGCAGGAAUUCCGGAAGGUGAACCGGGAGGCUUGCUUCUAUGACCGGGAGUUUCGAUCAGACGGACUGGGUUCCUCUGCUCACAAUCAAGAAUCGGACAUGGACCCGGGUUCCCAUCAGUGUGUCUUCUGUUACCGGUUGAAUAAACGCCUUUUCGCGACGCCUCUGGAUCUGGAGUAUGCCUGCCCCAUCUGCAAAACCCCCAGAGCCCACCGGCCUCCAGAGACUCUGGUGGAGCCUGCGUUUGUCAGGGUCAGCAUCCCAAGAUCCACUUUGCUCCCUGCCUACAAGCACAAGAUCCACCGCAGGAAAAGCUAUGAGCCUGAAGACAACCUGGCGUUGCCCUCGCACUGUUUGGCUGGUUGGGAGAACCCUGUUCAAGCUUUCAGCCCCACUCUGAGCAGCCUCGACCUUCACUCAUCCCUCGGGGAUGCGCUGCCUGGCCGUACGAAUCGGAGGCAGCCAACUUCCACUGGAACCCCUGGCAGCCAUGGGUCUGCAUGUGUGACUUACACAAGCAGGCCCGGAUCCGGCACUUUGUCGUGUGGGCCAUGAACAUCACGCUGGACCUCAAGGCCUCCGAGUUUUGGCAAGAGAAGCCCUGCAACCUGGACGACUGCGUCACGUGCUCGGUGGUCGAAUGUCCAGGCAGCGGCGAGCGGUCCGGCUUCGUCCCGCAGUUCCGGGGCCUCUCGUCCCCCAAGCCCCACGAGGUUGAGAUUCCUCUCCCUGUCCAUUUGGAAUUCCCUUCCUAUGACAGCCUCCCCGUCGUCGACGACACCGGACAAAACGGGCAGCCGUAAGACCCGGAGAUGUUGACUUUAAGCAAAGGCGUCUUGUCACCUCGGACUCCCACUGAGUUGUCGGGCUCGCUUGCGGAGGGCAGCAGAGGCCUGGACCGCGGCAAGGAGCCGCCCGAAAGCCAACUCGCCUAGGGCAAUCCUGGACAGAGAUCCAGGCGAGCCCAUUGCUACAGCCCCUCAUGGGCUCUGUUGGAGUCUUUGGUUGUCAAUAAAGUCAGACUGAAACAAA